UGCUGCAGAAUUCGAUUAUGAAAGCCAAAAUUCUGAUAUCACUCUGUCAAUAGUUGCUGAAGACAAUGGUUCUCCACCUAUGAAUGAUUAUUCUACCAUUGACAUCACAUUGCAUGAUAUUAAUGACAACUGUCCUGAAUUCGUAGGAGAAUAUCCGGACAUAACUAUCCCGCUAAACACAACUAACGGGACAGUUAUUACUAAUAUUUCAGCAACAGAUUCAGACACUGGUGAAAACGGAUAUAUUACGUUAUCAAUUAAGGUUGAGGGCGACGAUUCAAAAUCAAUAUUUGAAUUAGAUUAUGACAGUGGAGAGCUAACUGUCUCCGGAUAUCUUCAGUCAGGAGAGUAUGUAAUCAAGGUCAUCGCUUCGGAUAACGCAGAACAGCCAUGUAUUACCGAGAAAGUGUUUUUAGUACACGUUCCAUACCAAAACAUUGUCACUACGCAGUUCAUCCAUACAACUGAAGAUUAUGAACAACCAACAACGACGAACCUAGAGGAUGUUACGACAUCAAUUCCAACAACAACGAGCCUUGACGAUGUUUCUACAUUACUCCAAACUACAAAGAUUUUUGAGGACAUUACAACUUCAGUCCCAACAACUACGAACCUCGAGGAUGUUACAACGUCAGUCCCUACAACGUCAGUCCCUACAACGUCAGUUCCUACAACGUCAGUUCCUACAACGUCAGUUCCCACAACGUCAGUUCCUACAACGUCAGUACCUACAACGUCAGUCCCUACAACGUCAGUCCCUACAACGUCAGUUCCUACAACGUCAGUCCCUACAACGUCAGUACCUACAACGUCAGUCCCUACAACGUCAGUCCCUACAACGUCAGUCCCAACAACGACGACCCUCGGGGACACUACAACAGUAGCCCCAACAACUAUUAAGGACGUUACAACGUCAGUUCCAAUAACGACGAGCCUCGAGGACCUUACAACGUCAGUUCCAACAACAACGAGUCUUGAGGAUGGCACAACAUCAGAUUCAACAACGACGGACUCGGAGAGUGUUACGACAUCAAUAAGAACGACUGAACUAGAUAACCAGAUGUCAACUCAGCAAAAAUCUUCCACUGAUAGCCCUACAACAAUACCACCUUUCUCAACAGAAAUCGCCAAAGAAAUAUCUACAACAAAUGAAAUUUCCAUUAUCCCAAACUCGGUAUUAGCAACAUCCACAAUAAAUAUGGUACAGCGGGUGGAAGAUGAUUGUAUAUUGGAUGCUAAUUGCAGUAAUGGUGCCAAAUGCUACGUCGGGAUCUGUGCGUGUGUCUGCCCUUACAGGGGCCCCAUGUGUGAUCAAGUGGGACAGUGUUUCGAAACAUCUAUCCGACUCACUCAACUACGUUCUCUGUUUGGUGAUGGUGAAGCUCAGUUCUCAGAAGCGUUAGAAGAUUCAACAUCUCAAGAAUUCAAAGAUGUAUACACGUCUGUUAAGAACAUGAUGAAAGAAGUCGCCGACAUCUCUGACAUACUGCAGGACAUCAAGAUCACUGGAUUUCGACAAGGAAGUAUAUUUGUGGACAUGAGCUUGGUUGUCACCGACAAAUCCGCUGGAGAACAGCAAGUAAAGGAAGCAUUUAGCCAAGCACUCAAAUCAAUAAAUGAUACUGACAUUACAUUCGACUUACCAAGCCUUCAAGUAAGAGAAGUAAAUGGAUUGGACAGUGAAGGAAGCCUCUGGUUCGUAAUUGUACCAGCUGCAUGCUUUCUCUUUGUUCUUGCAUUUGUGUUCUCCGUUGCUCUCAGCGUAUUAAAUGAAUUGGACAGUGAAGGAAGCCUCUGGUUCGUAAUUGUACCAGCUGCAUGCUUUCUCUUUGUUCUUGCAUUUGUGUUCUCCGUUGCUCUCAGCGUAUGCUUUUGUACCAAGAUGAAGGCUAAGCGAGUGUAUCUGAGGAAUAGGGCCGUAAAAGUUCAGGGUUUCUUUAUUAAAGAUAAGCGCAUGCACGGGCUUUGGCAUGGGGGAUGCGUUGAGAAUGUUGAAGGACUCUCAGUGGCUACCGGAUCGAAUCAACCAACGAAAGCCUUCAUGGUCUAG